ACUCCAGCUGGUCGAGCGAGUCCUGAUCUCGGGACACCAAGGCCCCUGAACAAUGCCUCGUGGGUUCCUGGUGAAGAGGACGCGCCGAGAAGGCCCCGUGUCCUACCGAAUCAGAACACUGCAGGACGACUCGCUGGCUGUGCCGCCUCCCAGUGGAGUGGUUCUACCCUCUGCCCAAAGGAAACCACCCAGAGCUGGGGGGCUGCCAGAAUCCUGGCCCCCCUCCCAGAGCCCCCUGCGAUUGGUAAGCACCACUCUGCUGGCCAGUUACCUUGAUCGGGGUCUGAACUCUGGAUCGCCAGCACCAGGUGAAUCUGCUCCAGCCUGCACCUCGCAGUCUCCCGGUUUGGGUUCAGCCUGUGCCGUGGCAAAGCAAGCGAACCCCCUGCCUAAGAGAGCUGGCUUGGGUUCCAAGGAAGGAUCUCCUGAUGCAGUGGUCUUGCUGGGUGCCUUUGUGUGCCAGCUAUGCCAAGAGUCCUACCCUGGCCCGCUUGCCCUGGCCCAACACUCUUGUUCCCGCAUUGCCCGGGUUGAGUACCGCUGCCACGAAUGUAGCAAGACCUUCAGUUGUCCUGCCAACCUGGCUUCCCAUCGUCGCUGGCACAAGCCGCGAGGUGGCGGGCACGUCGGGGGAACCAAGGAGAAUGAGAGUCCUGAGGCAACCAACAGUCCCAGUAUGCCACACCCUGGCACCGUGGAGGGCAGCUACCGAUGUUCUCAUUGCCCCAAGCGGUUUCGGCGCCGGGCCUACCUCUGCAAGCAUUUGGCUCUGCACACCGUAACCGGGCCAGUGCUGUCUGAGAGCCAGCGACUCCAUGGCAAUCUCACUCCUCAAUGUGCUUCCUGGCCAAAGAAGCCAUUUUAGAAAUCCCAUUGCUCCCAGCUCCU